CCUGAAACAAAUAUUCAUGUCCAGUAAAGCUUUACCCAUGGUAUCCAUAAAGUGCUCACCCUACCAUGUUGAAGACAAAGGACUGAUAAUGGGAGAUGCAGCACAUGCCAUGGUACCAUUCUACGGCCAGGGAAUGAAUGCAGGAUUUGAAGACUGUAUUGCUUUGGAUGAAAUGCUGGACCUAUAUAAGAAUGAUUUCUCCAAGGCUUUGCCGGCGUACUCCGAGACUAGGACAGUGGACGCUCAUGCUAUCUGUGAUCUGGCCAUGUACAACUAUGUGGAGGUAUAAUAUUAGGUCACCAGACUGUUUAAAGAAACUUGUAUCCCUCUUUUAUAAGUUAAAGAUUUUUGAUGCCCCACUUUGCUGGUGCCCUACAGUGGUCAGUCAAUCUGCAUGUCCUUCUGUUCAUCUGUCCAUCUGAGAUCACUUUUUUGGAGUAUAUCUUCUCUCCAUUGGCCCAAUUUGGCUGAUAUUUCACCUAAAGAGUUCUUCUGGGUAAAGGUUGUGCAGUGACCUUGAAGUAAAGGAUUAUAUAUAUAAUUUGAGCC